AAAAGGAAAUGUCCUUUUAGUACACUACCGCAUUCCGACGCGAUUAAGGAGUAUCUUGCAGAUUCAACAUUUAUCCGAAACAUACGGAUGCAUAUUUUUCAUUUGAGCAUGGCCAACAUCCGAAUUCAUUUUAUUUUUAUGGUGAUUUUAGCCCUGGGAUUGGUAGCAGCUUUACCUCAUCCUGAAAAGCAUCACACCCAUAUCAAAAUUCACGUACCAUCUUAUCAUCAUAAGCACACUCAUACACACGUCAAGAAGAUCUACAUACCUGUGAAAGUAAAAGAGGACGAUAAACACAAACACCUUGAUGAUUGGUGAGUGGCGAAGACUCGCAGAAUAUUUAGGUCAUUGUUCGGAGCAAUAUGACUUCAAAUUAAGAGAAGAAAAUGUAUAUAUGUCUACUGAUAAAAAACCUAUUAGUUAAUUUUCCCUGUUAUACUUAUAAUAAUUAAAUUGAUGAACUUUUAA